AGAAAUACAAGAGAAACCUUUAACCAUUGACUAUUUUAAAAAAAAAGAAAAAAAAAAAAAGAAGAAGAAGAAUUUCUAUAAAACCAAAUUGUCAUUCUUCAAUGCUAAAGGGUUGGAAGUGGAGUCUGGAAGGGAUUUCUUUAUUAAUCUCGGAAAUGUUUUUACACAGUUUCCAGUUCCCUAAAAUACAGGCAAAAAUUCCAAUAUGUGUGAGUUUGUGCCAGGCACAAGAGACCACACCUCCAUCCACUGAUCAGCUCCAUGUGUCCUUCACCUCCCACCUCAAGGAGCCCUAUAAAUCAAGGAGUCUUGUGCAGACCCUCAGCCUGGGACGUGGAACGCUGCAGGUAGGUCAAACAUACACACUUCACUUACACAUGUGCAUGUGCAAACGUAGAUAGAUCCACACACAUACUGUAUGGCAAAUACAAAAAUACACAUCUACAUGCUCACAAACAUAUACACAAGAUUUCAAACAAUCUUCAGUCUGUAUUUUCUUGACUGCACUCUUUUUUUUUAGCGAAAACUACCAGAUCACUAAAAGUGUGGCUGAAGUUUAUCUUGUUUUUGAGUUUAAAUGAUUAUGAUGCUGAACACAGCGAUCUUCACCUGGUUUUUGAUAAAUGUCAUGGUGAUGGCAUCACAUCCAAAUCUGAGACGUAGUGAACACUCUUUUGCUCUAUAUGACACAGACAUACUACCUGUAGUGGAGCCCCUUGAAAGAAACUCAGCAGAAGAAAAACUGCUAGAAGACUUUGGAUCCUAUGAUGAGGAUCUGGGUAAGGCUGUACGGCUGCAGAGAAGAGGCACACGCUCCCCCAGCCGCUGUAUCCCUCAUCAGCAGUCCUGCCUGGGCCAUCACCUGCCCUGCUGCAACCCCUGCGAUACGUGUUACUGCCGUUUCUUCAAAGCCUUCUGUUACUGCCGUAGCAUGGACCACACCUGCAAAAACUAAUAUAGAUAGAACCAAAUUCUACCCUGAAAUGGCUAAUGGUGGCUUAAUGUUUACAGUUUAUGCAGCUAUAGAAUGUAUAUGUGGAUGGUGCAAACAUGCAUCCUUACACUAUCCACAGAGACGUUUGUUAUUAUAGACCAAACAUAAUGGUUAAUAAAGCUGCACAAAGCAUAGAGUGCACCUUUGCUCUUAACACUUCAGAUUUUUAUUGCUGCAGUUUUAAGGUGUAACUUUAUUGCAAUUUUAAGGGUCAAUAUCUACUCACUGUUCAAAAUAUUUUGUAUAUAUGCAUUCAAUAAACUCUGAUUAAUGCA